UAAAGAAUAGAAGUAGAACAGAUUUAAAAGUCGUAAAAAAAGAACGCGGAGCUUUCAGAAAAACAUUGAACUUUGUGCGAGUAAUGUGUUUGUUGAACUACUUUGAUUAAUAAUGGAGACGUUUAUGAAUGCAGUUUGGGCGGCUGUAUUGAGUCUUUCUUUGGUACUCCUGCUGGUUUCGGUCGUAGCUGCAACCGCGGCACUUAUUUAUUAUUAUGUUUAUCAGGACGAUGAGGGGGAAACGACAGAGAACACCACCGGUCCCGUAGUGUUUGCUGAAAACAGUAACAGCAACGUUUCAGCUGAUCAGAACACACCUCAGAGUCCCGCUGGAUUAUCUACACACCAGUCAGGCACCAGCAGCAGCCAUGAGAGCCCAGACAGUGCAUGUGCUACAUGUGAGACUGAGGAGACUGAUAUGGACAGAGGUGAGGCUGAGCAGGAGGCAAUGGGGUUCUUCAUCCCUGGGCCCAUGCUGUGCUGUGAAGCUGAGGAAGAUAAGGUUCCUCACUCUCUAGAGACACUGUACCAGACUGCGCAGUGCAACAGCACCUCGGACUGCCUGCUGUUAGCAGCCCAUGUGUUACUGCUGGAGACCGGCUUCCUGCCACAGGGUUGUGAUGUCAGAGCCGGAGAAAUGCCCAGCGGCUGGAAGGCAACAGAGGGCCUCUGCAGGCUGCGGUACUUUCACCCGUUUUGUGAUUACAGCCCAGUUCAGAUGGUCGGUGUGCUGAAGGGCCGAACACUUGUCAUAAAAGCCACUAUGACGACAACCGGUGCAGUAGAGUUUUCACAGAUACUGGCACUGAAUCCUGACGAUUACGUGACUAAGCAGUGGGCAGGUGGAAAUGCUGGACUGGUCUACAGAGAUAUGCAGAAACUGUCUCAUGUUUUUAAGGACCAGUUGGUUUACCCACUCAUUGCAAGAGCUAGAGAAGCACUGGGUCUGCCUGCACUGUUUGGUCUGACUGUGCUGCCCUCUGAGCUGCUUUUAAGUAUAAUGCAGCUGCUGGAUGUUCCCUCGAUCCUAAGGCUGUCUGAAGUAUGCAGACACCUGCACUCGGUUUCUCAAGAUGCCUUACUCUGGAAACACUUUGUGAACCGUGACUUCAGAGGUGGAGUUAGGCGCAGAUACAAAGACUGGAACAAGCUUUACAAAAAGAAGUAUAAGCAAAGGAAGGCACUGGAAGAAUACAGAGUGUAUUGUAGCAUUUUUCCAAUUCUAAAUUUCCAACCCCCAGUCCUAUACCGUUUUUCUGAGGCUGGGAGGACAUUAUUUCUGGAACAUUACAGAAUAAACUAAAUAUAUUACAAAAA